AUGGCACCGACCACUAAACCCAAAGUUCGCAGACGCAAGCCACGUGUGAGAAAGAAGAACCGUGGUGUCCGCACUCGCGAAGGGCAUGCACGUCCGAUAGAUGCAGGCUCGCCAGCUCAACCGCUCACCGAAGUACUCAACGAGACGGCGAAGCGUCGUAGACCCAAGAAAACAUGGGCAGCGCUCAUUCCUGUCUCUGAUGAUCCGCUCGAGAAGAACAUCGUUGAGCAAGUACCCUUGCCAGAUGGCUACGUCCUAGUCCCCAAGGGUGAUGUCUACAUCACUCGACACUGCCGCAGUAAGACCAAAGAGUCUGAGAGAAUUGUCUACGUCGUCUACAACCGCACGGGCAAAAGAACACUGGGAAUCCGAGUGCCCGAAGAAAUCUACGAAGAGGUUCUCGAAUCAGCCGCCGCAACAAAAGAAUCACGCGCCAAUGCAGUGCAAGUGCGCGACGCCAAGGAUCUCUCCAAAUCCCGAGAACUCCUGAUGAACGAAUUCCCGCUUAUGCCCAAGGAAACCCUGAAAAUCGUCCUGGAGCAUGCCUUCCUUAAGGGAUCGGGGCGUGUAGGACGGACAGCGAUGAUAAGCGACGAGCGAAAGACGCUCUUGGCUGUUGAGGCGCAUAUUCGACAUGUCCAUACGCCGUACGAGAAGUUGCUUGAGGAAGGCGUCAGUCGGAAGGAUGCUCGUGAGCAGGUCUGGCCUACUAUUCAGGCUAUUGAACGGGCUUGGCAGGGGUGCGAGAAAAAUGAGACUACAUUGGCGUUGCGUCCAGUGGACGAUUGA